AUGGACAGACAUAAUGCUCCUCCUUCAACUGCCGAGAAGUCGCUUCUGACGCCUGAGCAAAUCAAGCGCAUCGAGCUAAACCGCCUCAAAGCAAAAGCAAGGCAGAGACAGCGCGAACAAGAGGCAGGCUCGUCAUCUACGCCAAAUGCGAACCAGAAACGUCCUCUCGAAGUGGUCCCAGCUUUGUCCGCGUCACCCACAGCUCCUAAGCCAUUGAAGCGCGAUUCACGCCUCGGCAAGUACUUUGACUAUGACCUGUCUAAAAUGGUCAAUUCGAAAGGUGGAUUUUUGGUCGAAGAUGGGAAGGAGGUGGACGAAGACUCAAGGGUGAAGGAGCGGGAACGAGAAAGGCAACGAGCUAAGCAAAACUUGGAACCGCCAAUGUACUUGGAUCCGAAUCUGAAUCCGAAGUGCAGAGAAUGCCAGUCUAUCGACAUUGAUUUCACAUUCAAGAAGAUAUUUGGAUGCCUUGUGUGUAACAAAUGCAAGGAUGAAUACCCAGAGAAGUACGGUUUGUUGACAAAGACUGAAUGCAAAGAAGAUUACCUCUUAACUGACCCCGAGCUUCGGGAUCGAGAGCUGCUACCCCAUCUACUCAAGGCUAAUCCUCAUGCUUCAACAUUUGCAAAUAUGAUGCUCUUUUUGCGGUGUCAAGUCGAGGAUUUUGCGUGGAAGAAAUGGGGAUCACCAGAGGCUCUAGAUGCUGAAUGGGAGCGUCGAACGGAAGAGAAAAAGAAAAAGAAGAACAAGAAGUUCGAAGAGGGGCUUCGGGACUUGCGCAGAAGGACUAGAGAAGGUGUGUGGCAAAGACGGAAAGACCAGGAGCACAAGCAUGUCUUCGGAAUAAUAGAAGACCUCGGGGAUGGCAUGGGUCGGCAAUCUCCGGCAUUUAUUAUGGAUGACACAAACCAAGCUGAAACCUUCAAUAUUUCUACUUCUUUGGAGGUUGAGCAGAUCGAAGUAAAUCUCUUUCGGUCAAAGACUUUAUACCAACCCAUAUAUGGCCGAGGCGUUUUCGGAGGGCAGGUCAUCUCACAAGCAAUAGUCGCUGCCACCAACUGUGUUGAUCCCGUGUUCGGGUUGCAUUGUUACUUUCUUUUGAGCGCAUCUCCCGCUAUUCCUAUCAUAUAUUUUGUCGAACGACUGCGGGAGGGACGGUCGUAUACUACCCGAAGCGUCAAAGCAGUUCAGAAUGGAAAGGUGAUAUUUCAGCUGAUGUGCUCCUUCCACAAGCCGGAACCGUGGCAACCUACACACCAAUGGCCCAUGCCUGAGGUGCCCCCAAUCGAGGAGUGCGAGCUUGAGGAGGUGCUUUUCAACCGCCAAGCUACGAGGGAGGACCUUUCUCCCGAGGUUCGGAAGAUAUAUUUGUCCUAUGCGCAGGAAAGGGAGGAGGGACCUAUUUCAAUUAGAAGGGCUGGUUUGGCUGUCGACGAACAUGGUACACUCACAGCAAUGUGUUGGAUGCAUGCCCGAACUGGUCAAGCGUCAAAUUAUGGAACGCCUUACCAGAAGUGCAUCCUCGCAUACCUUUCAGGACCUAAAAUUGUAAGCAGCCCUGCUGUCAGCGACAAAUUUUGUUGUGAAGAUGGUUUGCUCUACGUGGUCGUUUGUCCUCGAGCCGCAUCCGGUAGAGCAGUGGUUCAUGGCAGGUUAUACUCGCGUGCUGGCAUCCUUGUUGCGGUCACCUGUCAAGAGGGCGUGGUGCGAGCUGACAUACGGGGUCCCGCGGCUAAGCUUUAG